CAACGAGAUACACUCAAAAUCUACCUGUCUCCCACCCAUCUUCUUCCUCUUUUCUUUUUCCUUCCCCCACCGGAAACCGCCUUCUCUCCCCCUUCCCAGCACUCCUUUGCAGCUCAUCGUGAUUCUUCUAGUAAGUCUCGAUUUCUUAUAUAGAGCUGUGUAGGCCGAGGCCCCUUCAUAGACGCACAUUGGCGUCAUGUCACUUUGGACCCUUCCCUUAGCUUAGGACGGGAGGUGGUCGUGGUGGCUUCCAAUGAUUCUUUGUGGGAAGAGGACUGCUACAUAUUGUCUCCCAGCCUUGGAUUCGGAAGAAAUUAUGACUAACCAAAAAUUUCUCUUGUAGUUUUCCAAAUCCGACCCGUUUUACCCCUCCACGAUCCCUCGAAGAAUUUCGAAAACCCUCUGUCUGAACCCCUCUUCCAAGCAAUAAACAGAACCUCACCGCCACCUACCAUGUCGCGCCCUCAGAAUAUCGGUAUCAAGGCCAUUGAGAUUUAUUUCCCUAGCCAGGUACGAUGGACAUUUCACCCGAGUUCCCUCCAAUGAUCCCGCAUGGUCCGUUGCGCGCUUGCUAACCAUCCGCUCGUGUGACAGUGUGUUGACCAAGCCGAGCUGGAGAAAUUCGAUGGCGUUUCUCAAGGAAAAUACACCAUUGGUCUUGGGCAGACCAAGAUGAGCUUCUGCGAUGACCGAGAAGGUAAAAUUGCUUCCCAUUCGGCCUACUUUUGGCCCUCUGGUAACUCUUUCUAGACAUCUACUCCUUCGCCCUCACCGUCACCUCGAACCUCCUGAGCAAAUACAACAUCGACACAAACUCCAUUGGUCGUCUGGAGGUGGGCACAGAGACAAUACUCGACAAAUCGAAGUCUGUCAAAUCAGUUCUGAUGCAAUUGUUUGGCGACAACACAAACAUCGAGGGUGUAGAUACCGUUAAUGCCUGUUACGGAGGAACCAAUGCAGUGUUCAACGCAAUAAACUGGGUUGAAUCGUCUGCCUGGGAUGGGCGUGAUGCUAUAGUUGUUGCGGGUGAUAUCGCCCUCUAUGCUAAGGGAAAUGCUCGCCCAACUGGAGGAGCUGGUGCCGUAGCCAUGCUAAUUGGACCAAAUGCCCCCAUUACUGUCGAGUCUGGUCUUCGAGGAAGCUACAUGCAACACGCCUACGAUUUCUACAAGCCAGACCUCACCAGCGAAUACCCUAUCGUUGAUGGUCAGUUUUCCAUCAAGUGCUACACAGAAGCCGUAGAUGCGUGUUACAAGGCAUACAACAAGCGCCAAGUUACCCUCCAAGCAACUACCAAUGGAGAUGCCAAUGGCCACGCAAAUGGAAAUGGAAAUGGUACUGUAGCCGCCGGAACCCUCGAUCGAUUUGACUAUAUGACUUUCCACGCACCUACUUGCAAAUUAGUCGCCAAGUCGUACGCAAGAUUGCUUUACAACGAUUUCGUCGCCGACCCGUCUUCCCCAGCAUUUGCGGAGGUUCCAGCUGAGCUUCGGGAUAUGGAUUACACCAAGUCGCUUUCUGACAAGGUUGUUGAGAAAACAUUCAUGGGUUUAACCAAGAAACGUUUCAACGAGCGUGUGCAACCUAGUAUCCAGGUACCAACCAUGUGCGGAAACAUGUACUGCGCCAGCGUUUACGGUGGUCUCGUCAGUCUGUUGAGCAACAUUGACAGUGCCACCCUGCAAGGAAAGAGAAUUGGUGUCUUCAGUUAUGGUAGUGGAUUGGCCUCAAGUUUAUUCUCGUUAAGGGUCAUUGGAUCAACAGAGGCCAUUCAAAAGUCCCUUAAUUUGCAAGAGCGACUCGAUGCCCGACGAACCGUGGCCCCAGAAGUAUACGAUGAGGUAUGUCCAAAAAUCUAUAGGUUGUGGCGGUCAGCUGAUAUCGUUUUCUAGAUGUGCGCUCUGCGCAAAACAGCUCACUUGCAAAAGAGCUACACACCUACAGGAAGUUCUGAGACCAUCGCAAAGAACGUUUACUAUCUCCAGAGCGUUGACGAGAUGUUCCGCCGAAAAUACGAGAUCAAGGCCUGAUUCAAUGCAUUUUAGGCGUUUAGGGUAAAGCUUCUCCCGCGUAUGGCAUGUGCCAUUUUGACUCGUUUUCUUUCAUAGACCAUUGAUCAGAUAAAACGAUUUAAGGGCGGUCAGAGUCAAGACGCGAUUUAAUACCUGGGGUUCGCGUUGGAAUUUCUUCAUGUUGAAAUUUUUCUCUCUCAGUUCGAUUGCCUCAUACACAACGAUGGUCCAAGAGAGGAAUGUUCUAGACAUUGCACAUAGCAUUUAGAGGGACAAGCUAAUUAGCAUCAACAAUACAUUUGAAAUGAUUGUUUGAAUCUCUACUGAAUUUACUCACUGAUUGGAAAAUUAA